UUGGUAGGAAAAAUAUUCCUAAUUAGCUCUCACAGGAAUAAUACCAACAUGUAACUAAUUUGUAAUGAUAAAUACAUUCAACAUCCUUUAUAGCGUUGUUAGAAUAAUUAGUUUACAUACACCGUGGACGUCUGAGGUUCAUUUUGGAACUGUGAAAAUUACGAGGAGUACUGGAAGGCAGCAUUAAACAGAGGACAGGGACACGCUUUGCCGUUUUUUAGUUGUUAGUUUUAUAUUAUAAGAUGGAUUCACAGCCUCCCCCAAAGCCAUGGGAAAGGCGGAUUCCGGGGUCUAUUAGCGCGCCUUUAAAUUACAGGUCUUCAGACUUUGGACUGGCAGCUGGGGGUCCCUCCACACCAUCAGGCCCACCUUUUCUGACCAGAGUGGCUCCUCCAGUGCCUCCUCGACCCAUGCAGCAGUCCUACCGUCCUUCCUAUAGCUCUUUUACCUCCUCCUACAGUCCCUAUGGGAGCUCCAUCUAUGGUGGCUACAGCCCCAACAGCUAUGGCGGUGGUUACGGACUAGGAGGGUACAGCCGCUUCCCUCAGAUGGAAGAUGUCGCCCCCAGCCGGUUUGUGCAGCAUGCCGAGGAGAGCAGUCGUGGUGCCUUCCAGUCCAUUGAAAGCAUCGUCCAGGCCUUUGCUUCAGUGAGCAUGAUGCUGGACGCCACCUUUUCAGCAGUUUACAACAGCUUCCGGGCUGUGCUGGACGUCGCCAACCACCUAACAAGGCUUCGUGCCCACCUCACAAGAGUUCUGUCAGCGUUCGCUUUGGUUCGGACACUGCGCUACCUCUACCGACGGUUGAAGCGACUGCUGGGGAGAGGGACAGAUGCUGACGUUGAAGACUUGUGGGCUGACAGCACGACUGAUGCCCUGGCUACGGCUUCAUCCAGAGGAUGUGGAGCAGGAGCGGAGGAUCAGACUGUGAAGUCCUGGCCAAUCUUCCUUUUCUUUGCUGUAGUUCUUGGUGGACCUUAUCUUAUCUGGAAACUUCUAAGCUCCACUGCAAGUUCUGAAGAAAGUGCCACUAACUGGGCCAGCGGGGAGGAUGACCAUGUUGUGGCCAGAGCAGAAUAUGAUUUUUCAGCUUCCUCAGAGGAGGAAGUUUCUCUGCGGGCUGGAGACAUGCUUAACCUGGCCCCUAAAGAGCAACAGCCCCGGGUGCGUGGAUGGCUGCUGGCCAGUGUGGACGGUCAGACCACAGGACUCGUCCCCGCCAACUAUGUCAAAAUCCUCGGAAAAAGGAGAGGCCGUAAGCCCACAGAGGUGGAGAGGCUGGCUCAGGUUAAGCAAGGGAGCGUGCAGACCUGCCAAGCAGCCUCGUCUGCACAGCCACAGUCUAUUACAGCUCGAGGUUUCACCCCUGACCUCGCCAUGGCCUCCAACACUGUCUCUGCAGAGCAGCUGCUGGAGUCUGCGUACAGAGAAACUCCUGCUUCCUUCGGUCUGAGUACAUCGAGCUCCGACACACCCUCUAACGCUGAGCUGAAUGUCCCCAAGAAGACUGACCUCUGAUGAUUAUGUUUUCAUGUGUAGGGAUUUAUAAUUAACAAUGAUUAGCUUGGUCAGUGCUUGUUUGCAAUCUUUAACUCUGGAAAUUGACUAAUAUUUACCUGAUAGCAGCUGUAUCACAGUGGAUCUCAUCAGGAUCUGCCUCAAAUUAUCAGUAAAAUCUGAAUUUUAGGUUACUGCUGGAAAAUGGUUUUAAACAAAUGUUGAGGUUAUCUUUACAUUUCCUUACUCAGAGGUUGCAUAAUAAACUGUUGCGCAAGUGUGUUUUGCGAGGUAACGAGGUAAACUGGACCGUUGUCGGUUUAAAGGACGAAGGUGAUGAUGUGAUCACGCCAUCUUGUAAAGUUUGGGCCCUCUGUUGACAGCUGCCUGGUGUCUUCAGUCUGGAACAAAUGGGAUUGUUGUCAUUCAGAGCAGGAGAGGUGCAAUCUACAUAUUUUCAUCACUUUAUUGGUUACAUAAAAUCAUUUUGUAAAUAUUUGAUAAAAAUAUUUGAAAAUAAAUAUUUUCAAAACUG